GUCUUGCGAAAAUUCAGUUAGUCCAGUUUGAAAGUAGCCAUAUUCAAGAUCAGUCGCAUUUUAGCCAAGACCGCGGUUAUAAAGAUGAACCUUAAUUAUCAAUUUAUUGUUUUUAUUGUUAUUUUCUGUCAGUUUUUUAGUGCAAGUAUAAGUCAUAAAAGUCAUAUAAGUCAAUCAAAAUUGGAAUCUUCUUGCGAUGUGUACUUGAUAAUAGAUAGAGAUUACGGUUACAAAGAUUUCUACGAAGAGAGUGCUAUGAAAAACAAUUUGAAAAAAGACAACGAACGAUUACAUUUGGAAUUAUAUGUAAUGGCUUCAAAAGAUGUGAACAUAUUGUUUUCAUCAAAUAAUAAUUAUGAUGGUCCUCAUUAUGAAAUUGUUUUUGGUAAUGAGCAUAAUUCUCUAUCGAGGAUUCGUGUUAGACGAGGAUCUGAUGUUGUAGUAGUCGCAGAAAAUUCGUCUCCCAACAUUUUAUCGCCGUUUGAUCCAACAUUAGUUGAAAUAAUUCAAAGAAAAGAUGGUAAACUAAUUAUCAAUGUACCUGGUUAUGCAGAACCCCUUAUGUCAUAUUUGGAUAAAAAUCCCCUUAAAAUAAAUUUUUUUGGCUUUUCUACUUGGGAUAAAUUGCAAGCUAAAUAUUUUUACAACUGUCAAUUCGAUGAAAAUUCAAAAAUGGAAGGCCAGAAAAACACAGAUUCUAAUACGAAACAGGUGAUGGAUUUUUGUUGGUCUGGAUUGUUAAACAGGCAUACAUCAUUUUUUCAUGGCCUAGUUCCAACAUUGGAAAAAUUUGAUGACAAUCAAACGAUAGAGUUUCAACAAGAACUUAUUGAAGUAGUGAAAAAAAUCAAGCAAACAUCUACUACAGAAAAACCGAUUAAGAUUGAUGUACGUCGGGGUGAUGAAUAAUAUUAAAUUUGUGCUUAUGUUAAUAGAUCGUUAAAUAGAUGGUUGGUAUUUGGAAGAAAAACUUAACCGAUCAUCCGUAUUUUCUCCGUAACUUGGAAAGCAUUAUUAUUUUUAAAAUCAAUUCUGGUAAAUUUAUUAAAUAAAUAUGAUCUGUAUUGAAUUGCCAUA